GGUAUGAAAACGCAGGCGCACGCUCACUCCUCCUCCAUAACCUAUCAUUACGUCAUCCGCCACCGCCGUUAGUGCGCGGCCAUUUAAAUCAUCCCCUUGACAAACGAGCAAUGUAUCCAGGAUCGCUUCUACCUUGCUGCCACCAAUGAGGACGGGCAAUUCUGGCUCAAAGCGUAAACUGAUGGACUUGACAUCAUGGGUCAUCAUUCCAUUCCUGUUUGGCAGCAUUGGGAUCUACGCCCUGUUCAGAUUCUUGCAGAGGCUACGCAGUAGUGCUUACAUCCAAGAUGCUGUUGUUGUCAUUACUGGCGCUACAUCUGGACUCGGCAAAGAAUGCACAAAAGUGUUUUAUAAAGCUGGUGCUCAGCUUGUUCUCUGUGGGCGCAAUGAAGAAGGGCUGAAGGAUCUGAUAAACGAGCUAUGUCGAAUACGAAAAGGAUCCAUUCAGUUUCAUAAGCCACAUAUGAUAAUAUUUGACCUCUCAGACGUGGAAGCUGUAGCAAGUGCAGCACAGGAGAUUCUUUGCCUUGUUGGGAAGGUGGACAUUCUCAUUAACAAUGCAGGAAUCAGUUAUCGUGGCACUAUUCUCCACACCAAGGUUAGUGUGGACAGAAUGAUCAUGGACACAAACUAUUUUGGACCAGUCGCAUUGACUAAAGCUCUUCUACCAUCAAUGAUCAAGAAUAAGAGAGGACAUAUUGUUGCAAUCAGUAGUGUUCAAGGAAAAAUAAGCAUCCCUUUCCGAUCUGCAUAUUCAGCCUCUAAACAUGCUACACAAGCUUUCUUUGAUUGCCUGAGAGCUGAGAUGGUGCCCCACGACAUUGCUGUCACUGUUAUAAGUCCGGGAUACAUUCAAACCAACUUAUCACUUAAUGCUGUGACUGAAGAUGGGUCCAAAUAUGGAGUAAUGGACAAGACAACGGCUGAAGGAAGAACCCCUGAGGAGGUAGCACAAAUCGUCUUUAGAGCUGUUGGAGAAAAGAGAAAAGAUGUCCUUGUAGCCGGUCUGGUGCCAACUAUAGCUGUAUACCUGAGGGCUCUUGCUCCAAAAAUAUUUUUUUCUGUCAUGGCAGCAAGAGCUAAAAAGGAAAGAAAGUUUAAGGAUGCAUAAUAUGGCAGUUUAUUGUGUUCUCCAGAAGACCAAAUGUCUAUGCCACUAAUGAUAAAUUAAGUGUGGCUACACAAGUAACUAUCCCUGGUGACUUGGUUAAAGGGCAUCUGUCAGCAGUUUUUUCCUUGUGAAACUGGCUGACCUGUAACAUGCAUUUAAAGGCAUCCGUGUUGGUCCCAUGUUCAUAUGUGCCGCAUUGCUGGGGAAAAUGCUGGGGCCUCCUCACAUAUAUGCAAAUAAGCAACAGGAGCAAUAGCAUUGUCAAGGCUCCACUUUCUCUGCAACUGCUGCAGGUGUGAUAACAUUUUUUUUUCUUCCUGUACCUGUCAAACUGGAGGGUGCAGAGAGAGCUGAGCCUCUAGAUGUAGUAGCAACUUCCCUGUUUCUCCUAGAGGCUCAUUUGCAUAUAUUAAAGCAACAUUUUUCUGUGCUAUGUGGGCAGUCUUCAUCUGCUAAGUGCACAUGCAACAAGUCAGCCAGUUUCAGAUGUAUAAUUCUUCUGAUUUAUGCCCUUAAGCAUUAAUGUUUUUGGCCAUCUUUUUGUGUACUUUUUUAUUUUUUUUUGCAAAUUCCACACCUGGCCAGACCUGCAAAAGGGAAGCAUACUUGCCUGCUGCCCUCUGCUGGGUACCGGCUCCUUGGCCACGGCUGCCUUGCUUGGGUCUCCCACUGUCAACAUCACGUCACUUGUCCAAUUGACGUAACACAAGGAGAGCAGGUCACCACUGAGGCCAGUAAUUGGCUUCAGCGGCGUCAAACUGGAUGUUAACAGUGAGGAACCUGAGUGAGGCAGGGAAGCAAAGGAGCUUGGACUUAGCAGCGGGGAGCCGCGAAGUAUGCUUUUCUUUUGCAGGUCUGGUCAGGAAGGAGGGUUUAAAAAAAAGAAAUGGCCAAUUAAUGAAUGUUUUUAGUAAAUGGGCCGCACUGGAUGGACAAAUGUCUUUUUUUCGGCCUUAUGUACUAUGAUGUUACUUCUAUUUGAAGUCUGUACACCCUGUUAUCUUUUGCAUCAACAUAAAGUGAUAUUCUGA